AUGGUCCUCCUCGCGCACACGCAGCCGCUGCGGACGGCGCUGCUGCGGCCGUGCGCGUCUCGCGCCGUGCGCGCCCUCGGCGCCCGCGCCUGCAGCAGCGACGCGGCCACCGCGCCGGCCGAGGCAGCGGCGGAGCCGGAGCAGCUGCGAUCGACGUUUCUGGAGACGAUGCGCUGGCGCGGCUUCCUCCACCAGUCGACCGACCUGGCCGCGCUCGAUGACGCGAUGAGCGGCGGCCGCGUCGUCGCGUACCUCGGCUUUGACGCGACUGCGAGCAGCCUGCACGUGGGCUCGCUGCUGCAGAUCAUGCUGCUGCGCCACUUCCAGCGCGCGGGGCACAAGCCGAUCGUGCUCGUCGGCGGCGGCACCACCAAGGACGCGUCGCGGCAGCUGCUCGACGAGGAGGCGAUCGCCUCAAACAUCGAGGGUAUCUCGCGCGUGCGCUUCCUCACCUUUGGCGAGGGGCCGACGGACGCUCUGCUCGUCAACAACGACGCGUGGCUCUCUCCGCUCUCGUACCUCGCCUUCCUGCGCGACUACGGCAGGCGCUCCGCCACCCGCCACCCGCCCCUCUCCCCACCUCUGACCACCCCCCUGACUAGUCUGCAUCGCUGCCGGCACUUUACCAUCAACCGCAUGCUCUCCUUCGAGUCCGUCAAGCAGCGCCUCGCGCGCGAGUCGCCCCUCUCCUUCCUCGAGUUCAACUACAUGAUCCUCCAGGCAGACGGCUCGAGUGGCAGCUCCGACCAGUGGGGAAACAUCAUCUCUGGCGUCGAGCUCGGGCGGAGGGCGGACGGCGCGCAGCUCUUCGGCCUCACUGCACCGCUCGUCACGACGGCGCGGCGGCGAAGAGGCCGGCAGCGCGGGCGAGGCGGGCCCUCGGCCGACGCGUGCCUCGCGGAGAUCCAGGCGACCGCCGCGUCGCUCUUUGCCGCGGGCGGCGGCGGCGGCGGCGGCGGCACAGCGUCGCUCAAGCGGGUGAAGCUCUCUGCGGACGAGGCGGCGGCGGGCGUGCCGGUCGUCGACUUGUUCGUGUCGCUCGAGCUCGGAAAGAGCAAGUCCGAGGUGCGGCGGCUCGUCGCCGGGGGGGGCGCCAAGCUCAACGAUGUCAAGAUCGAGGACGCCGCGCUGCUCAUCUCGACGGCGAGCUUCGAGGCCGCCAGCGAGAUCAAGCUCUCGGCGGGCAAAAAGAAGCACGGCGUCGUCGAGCUCGCACAGUAGCGGCUAGCGUGCGGCGCACACGGCACGGCUACGACCAGAACCACACGGCUAGGCCCCUCCAACAUGCCCUCCCUCCAACCGCUUGCACGCUGCUGGUGGCAGAUGACAGCCUUGGCCCUUGCGGCUUGCGCGAAGUCACUAAUUCUGCGGCUUGGGGCUUGGGUGGCGAGGACACACAUUCACAUCGUAAACGUAAUCAACAUAAAUAAAGAGA